GUAAUGAAAUAUUCUCCAUCCACGCUUCCUCUAUUGGUACCCAUCUCACCCUUGCAGUUCUAUAUAUAAAAAGCUCGCAUUACAAGUAAAGGAAACGAAGGAAAGGGAUCAACCCAAAACAGCUGAAAUGGAUAACCAGAAACCUUCAGUUUGUGUUCUUGAUGCUUCAACUUAUGUGGGAUUUUGGAUUCUUAAAGGACUGCUGAGCAGAGGUUAUACAGUUCAUGCAGCUAUCCAGAAAAAUGCUGCAGGAGAGACAGAGAUAGUGAAGAAAAUCAGGGAGAUGAAGAAGGUGGAAGAGAGAUUGCUGGUGUUUACAGUGGAUGUUCUGGACUACCACAGCAUUAUUGUGGCUUUGAAGGGUUGCUGUGCUUUGUUCUGUUGUUUAGAUGAUUCAGAUGGGUAUGGGUAUGAUGAUGAUACAACGGUGGAUUUGGAGGUGAGAGGAGCAAUUAAUGUGGUGGAGGCAUGUGCACAAACACAUGGCAUGCAGAAAAUUGUGUUCAAUUCUUCUUUAACUGCUGCCGUGUGGAGAGAGAAUAUUUGUUCAGAGGAGGAGGUGGACGAGAGAUCUUGGAGUGAUCAAGCAUACUGCAGAAAGUUAAAGUUAUGGUACGCCCUCGCAAAGACGCUAACCGAGCAGGCUGCGUGGGCUCUAGCCAUGGAUCGUAUGCUCAACAUGGUCUCUAUCAAUGCUGGUAUAGUCGUUGGACCAAGCGUGGCUCAACACAACCCUUGUUCAACAAUGUCCUAUCUUAAAGAAGCGGCUCAGAUGUAUGAAAAUGGAGUGUUAGCAUUUGUCGACGUGAACUUUCUAGCAGAGGUGCAUAUAAGAGCCUUUGAGAAUGAGUCCACAUGUGGGCGAUACUUCUGCUUCAAUAAGAUUGUGAAUACUGAGGAAGAAGCUGUCAAACUUGUACGAAGCUUGAGCCCUUUGAUCUCCUUACCACCAAAGUAUGAGUGCCAAGGGAAUGAGGUGCAGAGUGAGAGGCUGAGGAACAAGAAAUUAAACAAGCUGGUUGAGGGCACUGCGUAUGAGUAAUUGCAGUGUGCUAAUAUUUGCGUGUGUCUCCAUCUGAUGAUGGCAAACUAGCAAUAUUUUUGUGUUUGUUUUGUUAUGGUUAAGAUUAUUUCGCUUGGUUACUGUUAGUGAGAAUUG